AUGAAGUCAGUACCGCUCUAUGCUCUGGUAGCCUGUUGUUUGACUCUCGGAUGGGUCAUUCUAACCCUUGUCAAACUCAUUCGUUCCCCCUUGCGACGAGUGCCUGGACCGCUUCUUGCACGGUUCACAAGACUAUGGCUCCUCAAGGAAGCGUACUUUGGGACAUACCCCAAAACCAGCAUCGAGCUCCAUAGAAAAUAUGGGCCUAUCGUACGCAUUGCACCGAACGAGUACAGCAUCGAUGAUCCUGCGGCAGCCAAGAUCAUCUAUGGCGGUGGAAGGGGCUUCACAAAGUCUCCCUGGUAUUACGCCAGCGGCAAUCCUUUCAGUCCACUCCCCAACAUCUUCGCCGAACCGAAUCAUCAUAUCCACGCCCAAGCCAGACGAAAGGUUGCAGCAGCUUACUCAAUGACCAACUUGGUCCAGCUCGAACCCUUCAUCGAUAAAUGCUCCGCUGUUCUUCGGGAUAGAUUGGAAGAGUUUGCUCGGUCUGGCACCGCUGUGGAAAUAUCACACUGGAUGCAGUGCUAUGCCUUUGACGUAAUAGGCAUGAUGACGCUCGGUAAACGCUUCGGCUUCUUAGACACUGGUGAAGAUAUACAAGGGAUCAUGUCAUCCCUGAGCCAGUACCUGAUUUACUGUUCCAAUGUCGGGGUGUUCCCGGAAUGGCACAAGACUCUGUUCCGCCGACAAAUGCGCUCAAAAACUGCAUCAGGCCUAACUCAUAUUAGAGAAUUUGCGGAUGCUCAACUGGAAGAGAAGCGCGAGAUGAUCAAGGCAGAUGAUAUCCCCUAUCCCGAGGUAGCAGAGGAUUUUGUCAACAAGUUCUUACGCCUCCAAGCCCAAGAUCCAGCCAAAAUCACCAACACUGACAUCAGUUCUGUUUGCACUAUGAAUAUUGGCGCUGGCUCUGACACAACAUCUAUUAGUUUGACUUCAAUCAUCUUUAAUCUAGUCAAGCACCCAAGAGCUCUUCAGCAACUCCGUGCUGAGAUCGAACAGCACGAGAGUCAAGGGACAAUAUCAGAUCCCAUCAGAUUCGCCGAAGCCAAUCAACUUCCCUAUCUCCAAGCCGUCAUCAAAGAAGGUCUCCGAAUGCAUCCUGCCACUGGCCUCAGUCUGGGACGGGUCGUUCCACAAGCUGGUGCGACUUUGGCAGGACAAUACUUUCCUGCAGGGACUGUCGUUGGCGUCAAUGCUUGGGUAGCCCAUGCCAAUACCAAAGUAUUUGGCCAUGAUGCUCACGUAUUCCGACCCGAGAGGUGGCUCGAUUACCCAGAGCUUGUCAAAGAACGUGAAGCAUAUUUCAUGACAUUCGGUCAAGGCUCUCGCACGUGUCUGGGCAAGAACAUCAGCCUUAUGGAGCUUUCUAAAGCUGUUCCGCAAAUAAUUCGACACUUUGACUUUGCUCCAGAUACGGAGUCUGGAGACCCCGAAUACGCUACGGAGAAUGUUUGGUUUUACAAUUAA